AUGCCAGGGGAGGUCGUAUCUUUUCAAUUGGGCCAAUGUGGAAACCAAGUAGGACUCCAAUACUGGGAGCAAAUGGCCCUUGAGCAUGGAAUAAAAGCUGAUGGUACGCCGGAGCCCUUUGUCAACAAUCAGCUCCAUUUUGAGAGCAAUAGCGAAGUACAUCCUUCUGACAAGUCUUUGGUUCAUGAACGAACGGAUAACACAAAUGUGUUUUACACAUACAGCGAGCAAAAUAAAUACACGCCGCGGGCGGUUCUUAUUGAUUCUGAACCAUCCGUCAUUGGCAAAUGCAUGUCAAGCUGCCCGAUGUUUAACCCUCGAAAUGUCCAAUCAAGUGAGGGUGGAACCGGUGCUGCCAACAACUGGCGCCACGGUCAUUUGUAUGCCACGCAACACGAAGAAGAACUUACAGAUUUGAUCGAUCGUGAAUUGGACAAAUGUGAUAAUUUGUCUACUUUUCAACUAUUUCAUAGUGUUGCUGGAGGCACAGGUUCUGGUGUGGGUAGUUUUCUUCUUGAGCUUCUAAACGACCGGUAUGGUCGUAAGAAAAUGAUCUCUACAUUCCUGAUAUUCCCCUCGAACGACAAAACUUCAGAUGUGGUUGUGCAGCCAUAUAAUACUGUCUUGACUUUGAAGCGGCUCAUUGACCACAGUGACGCUACCUUCAUCUAUGACAACGAUUCCUUGAACGCGUUGGAAUCGUUGUUACUUUCUCCUGAAUCAAAUAAUCCCCCAGCUAUGACGUCGGCAUUUGAGAGAGAAAACAAGCUCAUAGCUUACGUCGCGUGUGGGGUAUCAAAUCCAUUGAGAUUCCCAAGCUACAUGUACAGCUCUUACGAAUCUAUAAUUUCAACACUAGUGCCAACGCCCGAGCUCAAAUUCUUGUCGUCAUCAAUAGCACCAUAUGCAGAUAUUCCAGGUGCCACACAUCGGAAGAAUUAUGUCAGUCUUAAUGAAAGUGACAUUAUCCUCGAACUUCUUAACGACAAAUGCAAGAUGAACCACGUUAGUCUGCACCCGGAAUAUAUUUCGAUGAUGGAUUACAUUGUCGGAGAUGAUCUCGAUCAGCAUGAGAUUCGGAAGGGGCGCAUUCGGGCACAAUCCAGGGUGCCGUUUGUGCCUUGGACCUCUGCCUCUAUUCAUGUUGUAAACGGACGAAAGCUGACUUUCUCCACGAGUCGUGGCUUGAGUGGCUUUCAGAUCUCUAACAAUACUUCAAUACCUCAGUUGUUUUCAAAAAUAGUGAGGCAAUAUGACUUACUAGCCAAGAGAUCGGCCUACAUCAAUUUGUACACGGAAACACGGGAUCCCGCCGAAAGAACCGAGGUUCUAGAGACGUUUAAUGAGUGUAAAGAGAGCGUGUUGUCUACUAUUGAGGAAUACAAAGCCUCUACAGAGAUGAGCUAUUUGGCCAACGAGUUUCUUGACGGAGAUGAUGAUAUGUCGUAA